CCAUCGUUUCUGGCUUCACACACUGAUCACUGAAGCAGGAAGCAUUGAGGCGCAGUCAGCUAUCUGAGUCCGCACUGUGGGAGCGGAAAAAGCAGCAGGCUUCAUGCCGUAAACCCGCUAUACACGCACUCACUCACACACACACACACACACACAGACACGCAGUUAUCUGGAGCUGUUAAAGAGAGCAGUGUCGGGGACGAGCUUUCUGUGCGGCUGUGGCUGUAGUUCGAGCUCGCUAUGGACCAGAGAGACACUGCGCCGGAGAGCUGGGAGGAGGACGACGUGGAGGCCCGGGCCGACACCGAGCUCCAGGCUGCCUUCACCGGCCUCAACGUCAACGCACCAGAGUUUGUACCGUCAUUCGUACCCAGGGUGUCUCCUCAAAACACCGGCUCCAACGGUCCUGACGCUGUUACGAACAUGGAGAUUUCAGAACCUGUAGCUGCUGUGGAAAACGGAGAAACAGAUACCGGCACAGCAGAGUCGUGGGAGGAGAAGGGUGACUCGGAUGAGGUGGAGGCAAGAGGCGGGGCUAUGGAGGAGAGCGGACCUGAGAGGGAAGAAGCCCAAGAUGAGAUGAUGAUGGAAGAGGAUGAGGAAAUGCUCACCCCUAAGCUGCCUCCUCCUCUCCCCGACGCCCCAAAGAAAGAGCAUGUUAAUGUUGUGUUUAUAGGACAUGUGGAUGCUGGCAAGUCGACAAUUGGUGGACAAAUCAUGUAUUUGACCGGCAUGGUGGACAAAAGGACCCUGGAGAAAUACGAAAGGGAAGCAAAAGAAAAGAACAGGGAGACAUGGUAUCUCUCUUGGGCUUUAGACACAAACCAGGAAGAGCGAGACAAGGGGAAAACAGUAGAAGUAGGAAGAGCAUAUUUUGAAACGGAGAAGAAGCACUUUACCAUCCUGGAUGCCCCGGGCCAUAAAAGCUUUGUGCCCAACAUGAUCGGUGGAGCAUCACAAGCCGACUUGGCAGUGCUGGUUAUUUCUGCCAGAAAGGGUGAGUUUGAGACGGGCUUUGAAAAGGGCGGUCAGACCCGCGAGCAUGCUAUGCUGGCCAAAACAGCUGGAGUCAAACACCUGAUAGUCCUUAUCAACAAAAUGGACGAUCCUACAGUAAACUGGAGCUUGGAUAGAUAUGAGGAAUGUAAAGAGAAACUAGUGCCAUUUUUAAAGAAGGUGGGCUUUAAUCCAAAGAAAGACAUCCACUUCAUGCCCUGCUCUGGACUGACAGGAGCCAACUUGAAGGAAUCUUCUGACAUGUGUCCUUGGUACACGGGGUUACCAUUUAUUCCACAUCUGGACAGCUUGCCAAACUUCAAUCGAUCAAGUGAUGGUCCCAUCAGAUUGCCCAUUGUAGAUAAGUACAGGGACAUGGGCACUGUGGUGCUUGGCAAACUGGAAUCAGGGACUAUCGGCAAAGCACAACAGCUUAUCAUGAUGCCAAACAGGCACACUGUGGAGGUGCUGAGCCUACUGUCCGAUGACGUAGAGACAGAUGACGCAGGGCCAGGUGAGAACCUGAAGCUACGUCUCAAAGGCAUCGAAGAAGAGGAGAUCCUCCCUGGCUUCAUUUUAUGCAAUGCAGAGAACCUGUGCCACUCAGGACGCACGUUUGAUGCCCAGAUUGUCAUUAUUGAACACAAAUCCAUUAUAUGUCCAGGUUACAAUGCAGUCCUUCACAUUCAUACCUGCAUAGAGGAAGUGCAGAUAACAGCCUUAAUCUGUCUGGUGGACAAGAAGACCGGAGAGAAGAGCAAGACACGUCCCCGCUUUGUCAAACAAGACCAAGUGUGCAUCGCCCGUCUUAGAACGGCAGGAACGAUCUGCUUAGAAACGUUCAAAGACUUCCCACAGAUGGGUCGUUUCACUUUGAGGGAUGAGGGUAAAACAAUUGCCAUUGGCAAGGUGUUGAAGUUGGUGCCAGAGAAGGACUGAUCCCACACAGAAGGACUGAUCUGCUGCACUGCGGAUUAGGACGAAGUGUGCAGCGACCUUUCCAACCAGAUUCCUUCAAUCUGCUCCAUUCUCUUAUUGUGGAUUAAAACUAAGAGAAACAUUUGAAAAAGGACAAUAUCAAAAUGACAGUAUGUUUUACGAAGAACAAUAUAAUAGAAAAAAAGCUCAGUGUGACAGCUUUCUCAUAUUGAGAGCUCAGCUAUGCCACUCAUGUAGCCCAAUUUUAAAGCCAGCCCAUUUCCACAGGCCCGUAUUCAGUGAGAAAAAUGGAUGCAAUGCUCAAACUGACUAUUGGCUUUUUAACUGCCCUCUUGAUUGAAGGAUUAAGCCAUUCCUUUGUUAACUGUCCUUAAGCAAUCUGAAACUGAUGAUGCAUAUGGAUUUUCUAAAAACAAUUGUUCACUGGGUUCAAGCUUGUUUGGCCAAUUAUAUAUUUGCAAUUGAGUCACUGUAACAGAAGAUGAUCUAUUUAUUAAGUCUAACCCCAACUGCACUGCUCUGAAAUGGGGUCCAUGAAGGUAAUCAAACUUUUUGCCUUCUCUUCAGAUGUUUGUACCGUUUCAGACUGCUUGAGUACAUGAGCACAGGAACAGUACGAAGCCUUUCAAAGUUACGUUAAAGUUCUGGUUGUGUCUGAUUUUUUUUUUUUGCAUAUCUAAUAUUUUUCUGGUCUUCUCCUAGAUCAGAUCUUUAGUUCAGUCUUUUUCGAAAUCAGAAAACUUGCGAUAUGGACUAUGGGCAUGCAUUUCAGUACAUGACUAGCAUUUUUUUAAAUAAAUGCACAAUUUCAGUCAAAACUAAACCAGAUCAGGCUUAUGCACACAAUAACUAGUCGUUGCUUAUCCUUUAAAAAUUGUACUCGGAUUAAAAAAAAAAAAAAGAACUGUGAUGUUACAGUUUCUCACACUACUUGGCAUCUGAUCCAGUUUUACAUACUUCUGUGGCGAUGUCAGCAUUAACUAUCCAACAAAAUAAAAUCAUUAAUUGAUCA